CGAAGAUCCCGUCGGCCAACAUCGGCGAAAGUGGUCUGGUGGUAAGGAUUGAAAGGUUCCGUCAUUCAGUCACGGCGUGAUACUCAAUCCAAGUACGCGAGUACCUGGCCGCUCGAUGCCGCCACCCACGACUGUCGAUGAGCCCGUAACAGCAAUGGACACGGAGAAGAUUCACCGACGUGUUUGAGAGUCGUAUGAGCUGUCUGGUAUCCCGAGUGAGCGGCCAUAUCCUCAGUGUGUGGCGAUUUGCACCCGGUGAAGGCUAACAGCUUCUUCGACAACACAUGUACCGUAAUCGUCUCCCAUGGCAAUUUAUCGGAGUCAUGCUCAAUGCCUGCCCUGCAUUUUCACCGUCAGUCCUAAUCCAGGUGUAAUCUGUGUUAUGGUGUCUGGACUCUGGGCCCAGCACUGGCAGAUGCGGCAUGCGGGUUCCCACUCUGGACGGACGGGGGCCUCGGGAAACGCAGAGCCGGAGCGGCAUUCCCUCACUAUCGAUCUAAAAAUGACUUCCUGCGCGAAAAGGUUUCGCCUUCUCAUGUCACUCGCGAAACCGUAUACGGAGUGGCGCAACUCUCCUCGACUUCGGCUUGAUACGGUCCGCGGGUAUAUAUAACAUGCAGGAAUCCGAAGGCAUGGGUGUUAGUGAAAGCCCGUCCUUUCGCUGCCUGCAUUCCUGCACUCCAGCCGCCUGGAGCUCGCUACUUCCGAUGGCAGAGAAGGAAAUCAACGAGAAGGACUCUGUCCGCUCCAGCUCACUCGGCGAGAAGGGCGGGGUCCUAGCCGACAUUGAGGUUCUGGCGACUGAGAUCCAAGCUGUCCCAGAUGAUAUCCUUGAGGCUUCAGAGUAUGCCAAGACGAUGAGCGCUGAGGAGAUCGAGGAGACCAUCAAGCUCAUUGUGAAAGAGCAUGGGGAUGAUCCUAACUUCCCCCGCACAGUGAUCGAGGCUGCCAACCGCUACUUGUACGACCCCGAGCUGAGACAAGAUCCCGUCGAGUUUCAGCGCGUCUACGAAGAGCUCAAGGUCGAAGCUGCGAUGAUGAACGUGAACUCGGCGUACGCGGAAGUGCGCGCGGUGGUAUCAAACAAAGACGACCCCACUACCCCCGUCUUGACGUUCCGGACCUGGGUCAUCGGGACCAUCUUUGUCGGCGCAGGCGGCUUCAUCAAUCAGUUUUUCAGCAUUCGCUUCCCUGGUAUCAGUGUCGGAUCCAACGUGGCACAGGUUCUGGCGUACCCGUUUGCGAAACUGCUUGAGCUCCUCCCUGCGAGAGAGUUCACGACUUUUGGGUAUACUUGGACUUUGAACCCCGGACCUUUCAACCCGAAGGAGCACAUGAUAAUCACCAUUAUGGCCAAUGUCGGAUUCAGCACGCCAUACACCACGAGCAUCAUAUGGGUCCAGUAUCUGCCUCUGUAUUUCAAUCAGUCAUGGGCGACUAAUUUUGGAUAUCAAAUCCUGACGGCGCUUUCGACGAACCUGAUUGGUUACGGUCUCGCGGGGCUCACUCGGCGUUUCUUGGUGUAUCCAGCUUCGGCCGUGUGGUACAACAAUCUCUCGAUCAUUGCCCUCAACAGAGCGUUCCACCACGAGAAGGCGACCGUUGCCAAUGGCUGGAGCAUGACCCGUAUGCGCUGGUUCUUGUACUGCUUCGGGAGCAUGUUUGUUUACUUCUGGUUCCCCGACUACAUCUUCCAAGCGCUGUCCUACUUCAAUUGGAUCACGUGGAUCGCCCCGAACAAUGUGCAUCUCGCUGCGAUCACCGGCUCCGUGUCGGGCCUGGGCCUCAAUCCCAUUCCGACUUUCGACUGGAACCAGCUCACCUACUUCCUCGACCCGCUGAUCAAUCCUUUUUACACCACAAUGAAUACUUUCGUUGGGACUAUGAUCACAUUUCCCGUCAUUGUUGCGAUCUGGUACACCAACACCUGGAACACCGGUUAUCUACCGAUCAACUCCAAUCGCGUGUUUGACAACACUGGAAACUUUUACAACGUUAGUCGAGCUGUAGGCCCUGACACAUUGUUCGACGCGCAGCUCUACGACAACUACUCGCCGGCCUACCUCGCUGCGGCGAACAUCAUCAUCUACGGUGUCUUUUUCGCCGUUUAUACCGCGACGCUCUCACAUGCGAUCUUGUACCAUCGCCGGGACAUGUUGCACGGAUUCAAGAGUAUCCUGAGCUUCGGCCGAAAGACGUCUGAUAUGCACAGGGAUGUUCAUGUCAGGCUGAUGGAGCAAUACAAAGAAGUCGGAGAGUGGCAGUAUUUCAUGAUCUUGGUCGCGGCUAUCGGCCUCGGAGCAGCCGGAGUUGGUGCAUACGCCACCGAAACCUCCCCUGCUGUUGUUCUCUACGGCGUUUUUCUGGCGGCCAUCUUCGUCAUUCCCAUCGGAAUCAUUUACUCGAUCACCAACGUUCAGAUCACGCUAAACGUGCUAGCCGAGCUCUUUGGCGGUCUUUGGUUCCCCGGAAACGCAGUGGCCAUGAAUUACUUCAAAUCUUACGGUUACGUCACCACCGCCCACACGCUCAACUUUGCGCAAGAUCUCAAACUGGCCCAUUACAUGCACAUUCCCCCGGUGGCGACAUUCUGGGCCCAGAUCUAUGCGACGGUCGUCUCCUCCUUCAUCUGCACAGCGAUCCUGAACUUCCAGAUGACGAAGAUUCCGGACGUGUGCACGCCGCACCAGGUCGACCACUUCAUCUGCCCAGGAAUCAACACAUUCUUCACUGCCAGCGUACUCUGGGGCACUCUGGGCCCGAAACGGAUGUUCGGUCAAGGCGGCAUCUACAACAGCCUGUUGUACUGUUUCCUCAUCGGUGCUGCUCUGCCCAUUCCAUUCUACUUCCUCCGCAAACGCUUCCGCUCUCUCGAACACGUCCAUCUGCCGGUCAUCAUCUACGGCGGACUCAUCUGGGCCCCGGGGAGCAUCGCGAACAUCUGGCCGGCUGUUCCCGUCGCGUGGCUGUUCAAUGUGUUCAUCAAGAAACGGUACCUCGCAUGGUGGGGCAAGUACAACUACAUCACGACUACGGCGUUCUCCGCUGCGAUCGCCAUCUCCGCCAUCGUCAUCUUCUUUGCCGUCCAAUGGCCGAAUGUGGUGAUCGAUUGGUCGGGAAAUAACAGGCCGUUCGAGGGUUGCGACGCGAAUGGAUGCACGCGUCUCACGGUUCCUGUCAAUGGGACAUUUGGACCGGCCGUCGGCGAGUUCCACUAGCCACAAGAGCCCUCGAUUAAUGAGCUUUUCACGAAUGGAUCUUUGGGAUACUACAACGGAUAUAUGAUUCGGACUUAUGACUGUAAAUGAUGAAAUCGAAGGGAAAGUUUAUCCGCGGCGUUCGCUGCUAUGAGCGUGAGGCCGGAUAGCUUUCGGAUCCUGACCUGGCCAGACUGACGGCUGGGACAGGCCUACGGCUUGGGCCAAUAGAACGCAAGGCGCGGAAAGAAGAUCUUGAAGUGGUAAAAACCCUUCAAAAGAUAAAGAAAACGGUGUAUUAUCUGUCUGCGAUUUCGGAGAUGUAUGUUGUUUGAAGGGACUCGAGCGACAUACGUACUUACAGAACGAGCAGUCUGUUCUGCUGUGUUUAGAUGAACGUUUCCUGAAGAUAUUGUGCGUGGUGAUAAGAA